CGCUCAAAACAACAAAGGCAAAGCGCAAAAAAUAUAAUUUUUUGAAACUUUCCAUAUUUCUUUAAUUGAAUAGCUAAAUACACUAAUUCCAGUCUUAUAAAUGAACUCAAUCAUUCAUACCGAACAUCGUGAUGUCAUCCAUGAUUGUAGUUAUGACUAUUAUGGACAGAGAAUGGCAACGUGCAGCUCAGAUCAGACAAUCAAAGUAUGGGAACAGAAUGAGAAAGGACAAUGGAUUGUGUCUUCAAGUUGGAAAGCACAUUCAGGAAGUAUCUGGAAGUUAAAUUGGGCUCAUCCAGAGUUUGGUGCAGUUAUUGUAUCUGCAAGCUUUGACAGAACAGCAAGUAUUUGGGAAGAAACAGCUGAACAAAAGCCCACAGCUAGUUCGACACCUGCUAAAAGAUGGAUUAGAAGAACCAAUUUAGUCGAUUCAAGAACUAGCGUAACUGACGUAAAGUUUGGACCUAAGAAUCUUGGAUUAGUAUUGGCUACAUCCUCAUCUGAUGGCAUUAUCAGAAUAUAUGAAGCACCAGAUAUAAUGAAUUUAUCACAAUGGACAUUACAGCAUGAAAUCAUUUGUAAACUUCCACUAUCAUGUAUAAGCUGGAAUCCAUCGCUAUUUAGAGCGCAUCCUCCAAUGAUUGCAGCUGGAAGUGAUAUGGCACAAUCAAAUGAACCAAAAGUCUUUGUUUUUGAAUAUAGCGAGUACAAUCGACGAUGGACAAAAACUGAAAAUAUUAAUGUCACGGAACCAGUUCAUUCAAUUGAAUUUGCACCAAAUGUCGGACGAAGUUAUCACGUUUUAGCUGUUGCCUCUAAAGAUGUCAGCAUUUUCAAUCUAAAGCCUAUCGUCGAACAGUCUGGAAAUACUCGGUUUGAAGUUGUUCAAGCUGCACAAUUUAAUGAUAAUUUCUGUACAGUUUGGCGUGUAACAUGGAAUAUAACUGGCACUAUGCUUGUUACAAGCUCAGACGAUGGCUAUGUCCGAAUUUGGAGAAUGAAUUACCUCAAAGGAUUUAAAUGCAUUUGUUCUUAUAAACCUGACAGUAAUGUCAAUCAUCACGAUCCACAAGCUGUUCAACUUAUAAACUCGUCAACUACAAAGUUUUUUAAGAAAGGCGUUGGUGCAUUUGCUGGAUCAUCGCAAAUUCAACAGCAUUAAGUUUAUAAAAAUGAAGAUUAUGUUUUUUAUGCUUAUUUGUUCCUCAAUUGAUAAUAAAGUUUAAAGUUUCUAUCGUGGAAAUAAAUUUUUAACUGAAAUCAGAAAUUUGAAUCUCAAAACCUUACAAAUGUU